AUGUGUCAAUUACUCCCAUCAAUAUCAUUUUAUUUAUCUUCAACAAAAUCUACACUUGGUAUGUUAUCUAAUUUCUUUUUUUCUUUUUCAUUUCUGUUAAUUGAAUGAAUGAAAGCUUUUUUUGUUUUAUUACAUCGUUUUGUUUUGUUCUAUUUUUAGGAAUCAAUCCAU